GGAGUCUCGCGGAGGCCGCCUGCCCCGGCGCCAUCUUGAAAUCUGAUGCCUCAUCGCCCGGGCUUUGCGUCAGCCCCGAGCCUCUGCAACAGUCCGGGAGCCCUGCCUGCCCGCCCGGGAGGACGUAGAGGACACGGCGGCCCGCCGGAGAGACAGCUGUAGGGGCCUUGGCAGCGUCGGCGCUCGGCUCGCAUCCUGUCACUCAGCAUCCCCCUCGGUGUUUCCGCGCCCGCCCCCUGCCCGAGGGGCGGGGCUGGCCGUGUGGUACCCAGAGCCUGCGCGCUCUGAGGUGCGCCCCUACCCAGUGAGGACCCCGGGCAGGACCAUGCCAGCCACAGACAAUCAAGGUGGGAAGAGGAGCGCAUCCCAGAGCCAGUGAGCAGCUCGCAGCUGGGGCCGUUACAGAGACGCUCGCUCGGCACCCUCCCGGAGUAAAGAUGAAAGAGAUUUGCAGGAUCUGUGCCCGGGAGCUGUGUGGAAACCAGCGGCGUUGGAUCUUCCAUACCACGUCCAAGCUCAACCUCCAAGUUCUGCUUUCCUACGUCCUAGGCAAAGAUGUCACUCGUGAUGGCAGAGCCGAGUUUGCUUGCAGCAAGUGCGCUUUCAUGCUCGAUCGCAUCUAUCGAUUUGAUACUGUUAUUGCAAGGAUCGAAGCCCUGUCUCUCGAGCGCUUGCAGAAGCUGCUGCUGGAAAAGGAUCGCCUCAAGUUUUGCAUCGCCAGUAUGUAUCGGAAGAAUAACGAUGACUCUGGCGAGGAGAAUAAGGCGGGGAGUGGGACGGUUGACAUUUCCAGCUUGCCAGACAUGAGGUACUCUGCCCUGCUCCAGGAAGACUUUGCCUUUUCAGGGUUUGAGUGCUGGGUUGAAAAUGAGGAUCAGAUUCAGGAGUCACACAGCUGUCAUGGUUCUGAAGGCCCCGGAAACCGACCCAGGAGAUGCCGUGGUUGUGCGGCUUUGCGGGUUGCGGAUUCUGACUAUGAAGCCAUUUGUAAGGUGCCUCGCAAAGUGGCCAGAAGUAUUUCUUAUGCCCCCUCUAGCAGGUACUCUACCAGCAUUUGCACCGAAGAACCAGCAUUGUCCGAGGUUGGGCCGCCAGACUUAGCAAGCACAAAAGUACCCCCGGAUGGAGAAAGCAUGGAGGAAGGGACGCCAGGUUCCUCGGUGGAAUCUUUGGAUGCUAGUGUGCAGGCCAGUCCUCCCCAACAGAAAGACGAGGAAACGGAGAGAAGUACCAAAGAACUUCUAAAGUGUGACUAUUGUUCGGAUGAACAGGCUCCACAGCAUUUCUGUAACCACAAACUGGAGCUAGCUCUUAGCAUGAUUAAAGGUCUUGAAUAUAAGCCCCUUCAGAGUCCCCGAGGGAGCAAGCUUCCAAUUCCAGUGAAAUCCAGCCCACUUGGAGCCAAGCCUGGCCAUAUCAUGACAAAUGGAGUUAGUUCCAGUUUCCUUAACAGGCCUUUGACACCUGUGAGCUAUCCUUUGGACCUUUCAGACCUACAGGAGCUGUGGGAUGAUCUCGAUGAAGAGUAUUUGCCACUCCAGUUCCAGCCCCAGCCUGAAAAGUUACUCAAGCAACAGAAGCUGAGCUCCGAGGAGACCCCUGUAACCCAGGCUGUUAUCAGUAAAUCUGUGUCUGAUUCCCACGUGGAAGAGCUCCAGGACAAAAUCCAGCAAACAGAGGCCACCAACAAGAUUCUUCAAGAGAAACUGAAUGAAAUGAGCUGUGAACUAAAAUCCGCACAGGAGUCGUCUCAGGAGCAAGAUGUGACAAUUCAAAGCCUCAAGGAAUCACUAAAAAGCAGGGAAAGUGAGACCGAGGAGCUGUACCAGGUGAUCGAAGGUCAAAAUGACACAAUGGUGACGCUCCGUGAGAUGCUGCACCAAAGCCAGCUUGGACAGCUUCACAGCUCAGAGGGAGCGGCCCCAGCUCAGCAACAGGUGGCCCUGCUUGAUCUUCAGAGUGCUCUGUUCUGUAGCCAGCUUGAAAUCCAGAAGCUGCAGAGGCUGGUGCGCCAGAAAGAACGGCAACUGGCCGAUGUCAAGCGAUGCAUGCAGUUUGUAGAGGCUGCGGCACAGGAGAGAGAGCAACAGAAGGAAGCUGCUUGGAAACAUAACCAGGAAUUACGAAAAGCUUUACAACACCUCCAAGGAGAACUGCAUAGUAAGAACCAACAGCUUCAUACCCUAGAGAUGGAAAAAUACAAUGAGAUUCGAAUCCGGGAACAAGACAUUCAGCACCUCCGUCAGAGUCUGAGUCUCAAAGAGCAACUGUUUCAGGAACUUCAGGAGCUCCUACGGUAUCGAGAUAACCCAGACAAAACUCCAGAAACGAAUGAGCUGUUGCUGGAGAAAAUGCAGCAGCAAAUACAAGCCCAAGCUGUUGUUCUGGAGCGGGCUCUAGAGGAAAAGUUCUCCGCUCUACAAGAAAAGGACAAGGAAUUGCAGCAGCUUCACCUGGCUGUGAGAGAGCGAGAUCAUGAUCUGGAGAGGCUGCGUAGCGUCCUGUCCGCCAAUGAAACCACCAUGCAAAGUAUGGAGGGUCUCCUGAGGGCCAAAGGCCUGGAACUGGAGCAGUUAACUGCCACCUGUCAAAACCUCCAGUGGCUGAAAGCAGAAUUGGAAACCAAAUCUGGCCACUGGCGGAAGGAACAGGAGAGCGUCCUUCAGCAGUUACAGACAUCCCUGCACAACAAGGACAAAGAGGUGGAGGAUCUCAGGGCAACAUUACUCUGCAAACUCGGACCCGGCCAGAGCGAGAUAACUGAGGAGCUGUGCCAGCGCCUGCAGCAGAAAGAAAAGAUGCUGCAGGACCUUCUGAGUGACCAGAAUAAACAAGCCGUGGAGCAUGAAAUGGAGAUCCAGGGGCUGCUUCAGUCCAUGAGUACCCGGGAGCAAGCGAGCCAAGCUGCUGCAGAAAAAAUGGCUCAAGCCUUCCUGGAGAGAAACUCAGAGUUACACGCCCUGCGCCAGUACCUGGGGAGAGACCUCAUCCCCUUCCGGGCACUCCUCUUAGACCAGCAGGUUGACGUGACUUCCAUCAGCCCCGACCUUGGAGAGCAGGCUGAUCAAAGCUCUAUGCAGAUGCCCUCCAGAGAUGAAAGCACUUCACUGACUGCUAAAGAAGAUGCCAGCGUGCCCAGGCCCACGUUAGGAGACUCGGACACAGUUGCAGGGCUGGAGAAAGAACUGAGUAAUGCCAAGGAGGAACUCGAGCUCAUGGCUAAAAAAGAAAGAGAAAGCCAGAUAGAACUGUCUGCUCUACAGUCCAUGAUGGCCGUGCAGGAAGACGAGCUGCAGGUGCAGGCUGCCGACUUGGAGUCGCUGACCAGGAACAUACAGAUAAAGGAAGACCUCAUAAAGGACCUGCAGAUGCAGCUGGUUGACCCUGAAGACAUACCAGCCAUGGAACACCUGACUCAAGAGCUCUUACUUCUUCGGGAAAAAGUUGCUUCAGUAGAAUCCCAGGGUCAGGAAGUUUCUGGAAACCGGAGACAACAGUUGCUGCUGAUGCUAGAAGGACUAGUAGCUGAGCGGAGUCGGCUCAACGAGGCCCUGCAAGCUGAGAGACAGCUCUACAGCAGUCUGGUCAAGUUCCACGCCCAUCCGGAGAACUCUGAGAGAGACCGAACUCUGCAGGUGGAACUGGAAGGGGCCCAGGCCUUGCGCAGCCGACUAGAAGAAGUUCUUGGAAGAAGCCUGGAGCGCUUGAGCAGGCUGGAGACGCUGGCCGCCAUUGGAGGUGCUGCUGUGGGCGAUGACACCGAGGACGCGAGCACAGAGUUCACGGACAGCAUCGAGGAGGAGGCUGCGCACAACAGCCACCAGCAACUCAUCAAGGUGGCUUUGGAGAAAAGCCUGGCGACCAUGGAGACCCAGAACACAUGUCUUCAGCCCCCUUCCCCAACAGGAGGGGACAAUAACAGGUGUCUUCAGGAAGAAAUGCUCCACCUGAGGGCUGAAGUCCACCAGCACUUGGAGGAGAGGAGGAAAGCUGAGGCGGAACUCAAGGAGCUGAAGGCUCAAAUCGAAGAAGCGGGAUUCUCCUCUGUGUCCCACAUCAGGAACACCAUGCUGAGCCUUUGCCUUGAGAACGCAGAGCUGAAAGAGCGGAUGGGAGAAGCGAUGUCUGAUGGAUGGGAGGUCGAGGAAGACAAGGAGAAGGGCGAGGUGAUGGUGGAGACUGCGGUGGCCAAAGGGGGUCUGGAUGAGAACAGCCUUCAGGCUGAGUUCAGGAAAGUCCAGGGGAAACUGAAGAGUGCCUACAACAUCAUCAACCUCCUCAAAGAGCAGCUGGUCCUGAGCAGCUCGGAAGGGAACGGUAAAGUGAGGCCGGAGCUCCUUGUGCGCCUUGCCAGGGAGGUGGACAGAAUGAACAUGGGCCUGCCUUCCCCUGGGAAGCAGCAACACCAAGACAAGGAGAACGUGGCCACAAGGCCUGGCUCCAGACCCCAGAGCCUCAAUCUUGGGGUAGCCCUCCCAGCGGAUACCCACCAACUGGAGAACAAGUCCCAGGCCCGAGACUCUGGACACCAGUCAGAGUUUAGCCUACCAGGGCCCACCAAACACCUGCGAUCCCAGCUGGCUCAGUGCAGACAGCGAUACCAAGAUCUCCAGGAGAAGCUACUCAUCUCAGAAGCUACCGUGUUUGCCCAGGCAAACCAGCUGGAGAAGUACAGGGCCAUAUUCAGUGAAUCCCUGGUGAAACAGGACAGCAAGCAAAUCCAGGUGGACCUUCAAGACCUGGGCUAUGAGACUUGUGGCCGGAGUGAGAAUGAAGCUGAGCGUGAGGAGACCACCAGCCCCGAGUGUGAGGAACACAACAACCUGAGGCCGACGAUGCUCAUGGAGGGGCUGUGUUCUGAGCAGGGGGACCUGGACCCCGUCCUGGUCAGCCCACCUGCGAAGAAGCCUUUGGAAAACAAACCCGGAAGGCAGGACGAGUUCCAGAUGCGUGGAAAUCCGGACGAGAGCUCUGUCCUGAGGAAGGACAUCAGAGAUCUGAAAGCCCAGCUACAGAGUGCCAACAAGGUCAUUCAGAACCUCAGGAGCCGAGUCCGGUCCCUCUCUGCUACAAGUGAUUACUCAUCCAGUCUGGAGAGACCCCGGAAGCUGAGAACCGUCGCCGCCCUUGAGGGGUCUUCACCUCACAGUGUCACUGAUGAUGAUGAAGGGUGGAUGUCGGAUGGCACUGGGGCUUUUUACCCUCCAGGGCUACAGGCCAAAAAGGAUCUGGAGAGUCUCAUCCAGAGAGUAUCCCAGCUAGAGGCCCAGCUCCCCAAAACUGGACUGGAGGGGAAGCUGGCCGAGGAGCUGAGGUCUGCCUCGUGGCCUGGAAAAUACGAUUCCUUGAUUCAGGAUCAGGCCCGAGAACUAUCAUAUCUGCGUCAAAAAAUCCGAGAAGGGAGAGGUAUUUGCUAUCUUCUCACCCAACAUGCAAAAGAUACAGUGAAAUCUUUUGAGGACCUCCUGAGGAGCAACGACAUCGACUACUACCUGGGCCAGAGCUUCCGGGAGCAGCUUGCCCAAGGGGGUCAGCUGACGGAGAGACUCACCAGCAAACUGAACACUAAGGAUCAUAAAAGUGAGAAAGAAGAAGCUGGGCUUGAGCCACUGGCCCUCAGGCUCAGCAGGGAGCUCCAGGAGAAGGAGAAAGUGAUUGAAGUCCUGCAGGCCAAGCUGGAUAGCCGGUCUCUCUCGCCCCCCAGCAGCCAUGCCCUGUCUGACUCCCACCGCUCUGCCAGCAGCACGUCCUUCCUGUCUGAUGAGAUAGAAGCUUGCUCUGACAUGGACGUAGCCAGCGAGUACACACACUAUGAAGAGAAGAAGUCUUCACCCGGCCACUCAGAGUCCAUCCAUCAUUUGAGUCAUUCUACUGUGUUGUCUUCUAAACCAUCAGCCACCAGUGCAUCUCAGGGGCUUAAGGUCGAGUCCAGCAACAGCCCCAUCAGCUUGCCAACUCCCCAGAACCCCCUCAAGGAGGCCAGCCAGGCCCAUUCAGGCUUUCAUUUUAACUCCUCACCCAAGCCGGCUAGCCUUUCCCAGGCACCAAUGCACUCAACUCCACCCAGCUUCAUGCCUUUCGGCCCCUCUGGCCCUCCCCUCCUCGGUUGCUGUGAGACACCAGUGGUGUCCUUGGCUGAGGCUCAACAGGAGCUGCAGAUGCUGCAGAAGCAGCUGGGAGAAAGUGUUAGCAUGGCUCCUCCUGCCUCCACAGCUACGCUGCUGAGCAACCAUCCAGAAGCUAGCUCUUCCCACUACCUCAACCCCGCUCAGCCCCACUCUCCUACAAGGGGCAUCGUAGAGCUGGGCAGAAUCCCGGAGCCUGGUUACCUGGGUAGCAGCGGCCAGUGGGACAUGAUAAGGCCUCAGAAGGGGAGCGUCUCUGGGGACCUGUCCUCAGGCUCCUCACUAUACCAGCUGAACUCCAAACCCACAGGGGCCGACCUGUUGGAAGAGCAUCUCGGUGAGAUCCGGAACCUGCGCCAGCGCCUGGAGGAGUCCAUAUGUGUCAAUGACCGGCUGCGGGAGCAGCUGCAGCAGAGACUCACCUCCACCACCCGGGAGAGCGGCUCCACCUCCCACUUCUACAGUCAGGGCCUGGGAGUCCAUGCCUCAGCUCUACAGUGAGAACAGAGCCCUGAGGGAAGAAAACCAAAGCCUGCAGGCUCAGCUCAGUCACGCUUCCAGAGCUAUUGAAAGGCUAAGAGCAAUAUAUGAAAGGAUUAAGUCCAGAAUGAAGGAAUCCUUGUGGAGGCAAAAGGCAAGAAGAGAUAUUUCUAAGGACACUCCCAGGAAGUGGACCGCCUGCAGGAGGCUCUGCUCUCCUCUCGGUCCCAGCUUCAAGAGCUGGAGAAGGAGCUGGAGCGGCAGAAGGC